AUAAAAGGAGACGCAACAUUUCUAUUUCGAAAUAACAGAAACAAAGGAGACAGAGAAACUUUACAGAGAUUAUCUGACGAUUUACCAUGCAUCUUUCUGCUUUAUUGUGUGUUCUGGUCUUUGUGCUCGGAGUUGCCUUUGCCUCAGACGCCACGGAAUGGAGUUUUGUGACGACCAACAACAACGGCAAGAGAGUGGGCGUGGUUAUAGGACUCAAGAGACGCAGUAUGCUGCUGAUACCAGACGAAGAUAAAACUAACAAACGCUGCUCCACUAGAACCAUCAACCAACACGACUUCGACACGGGUUACGUUGCCAUGAAGGACCCAGUAAAGCGAUCGUGCUGGUUGAAGCCUCUUGGUGAAAGAGAGACAUAUGAAGAAACGAAAAGGAUCAUUGACAGUGGAAAAGAAAUGAUGCAGACCGAUGAAAACUGGAUUAUCCCUAAAAGAUAUCUGAAGAAGGGCCAGGUGAAGAGAGAGGUUGGAAGUCUGUUGGCUGACUUCUGUUCUGACUCAGAUGUCUACAUGCUGAAAAGAGAUACCCUGGGCCGCACUCGACGAUCGAGGAGCUGUACCCGUAACUGUGGAAUCUGUGCCGUAGCAGCCAAGCAUCAGCAGUAAAAUAUCACUGCUUUUUGUACUUCGCUGCAGAUGAAGAUAAAUAACAAUAAGCUGUAAGCAACUCUAUUUCACACUAAGCACAGAAUAAAGAAGUUUAAGCAGUAUCAACA